AUGGCGACCAAGAGAAAGUCCCUGGCACUUGAGAGGCCAGAGGAUGAGCAAUCCGAGGGCAAAAAAUCAAAGUUGAUCCAGAUAAAAGGCCAGGUCAGGCAUACGCUUCUACAACAGCACUAUGAUGUCGUGCAGACACUUCGCGGGUACCUGCUUUCUAAACUGCCAGGGUCUUCGAGACUUCGCCGCAAGAAGAUUGCAGCGUUGGGAAAAGACCAGGCACGGUGGGCACGCAUUCAAGACCACGACAUUGGACCAGAGCUUUCUUCGUUGUUAGACACAACCUUGGUCUGCACGCAACACCGCCCCAAGGCACAAGCUGACUCUCGGUGGGCGCAAUGGCGGUCCUUCUCUCAGAAAGCCGACGACUCGGUUGUGUCUCUCUCGGGAGGUUUGGCCCAAGCUACUUCCUCGCAGUCAGAGAUCGUUGACUUUGUGGUGUGGCAAAUAUUCAACAGACACGCUGCUUGGCCGAAGCACCUCCUCUGCGAUGGGUUCAGGAGGCAGGCUCAGAACAUUGCCAACGCAAAAGGCCACGGUCGCGAUAGCGGAAUUCAGGGGCUGAUCGCAGUUGACCCGAAUCACUACGUGCAGGCCCUAAAAGAAGCCCCUUGGCCACAAGUACUUAUGCUGCUCGGGAAAUCAGGCGAGCAGAUCAUGAUAGAUCUCCUCAUUGAUACGGCGAUAUUUCUCCCAGUGAGAGCUGGUCACGGCAAUAUGUACCAGCUCAGUGGUAUCCCCAUGUCAGAGACGGGCAUAGCCGCGAAGCAGGACAGCAAGAAGCAGACAAAAGGAGAUGCCACAACGCCGCCACCCAUACCUCAGGAGCGGCUCCCGUCUGAAAUCAACCUUAUCAGAAAUCGCAUGUUCUACGCUCGAGCUGCUCUCACCGCUAAGGGCACGGUUCAGUAUGGACUGCGGCACAUACAUGUUCUAAGUCGUUGUCCGCGUCUAUCGUAUCCAGAACAGGCAACCGAAGAAGAGAGAUCAAGAACCACACAGGCGAACGAGCGCAACACGCUGAAAGUCAUGAUGUAUAUCUUCCCUCGACAAUUCGGCCUACACAACGCCUUCACCUCCAAAGUUGACCACUCCAAGACGUCGCAAAAGUUUGCAGACUAUACUCUCCGCGAAGACGAAAUCUCGUCAACGUUCAAGGGACGGGAUAUCAAGCUUCCAAAGAGGCUGCGCGGAGACACAAAACGACUGGUGCAGAGGCUACAACUUCUCCACGGUCGGUGCGCUUACGCUGAGAUACUGCGGCAUUACUGUCCUUCUGCUGUUGACUUCAAAUCCCGGAACUCUGUCCCAAAAAAGCCAGUGAAGCAGUCCAAGACACUUGAUCCUGCACCGGUGGCGGGAAGAGACAACCAUACAGCUGUUACAUCUGGUGCCCCCAGAAAUAGCACACAUAGCCGCCCCAAGCUUCACCAACCCGCGGCGCCUCCGCUACUGCCCACGUUUGAUGCGAUCACUGACUUGGCAACUCCCGCAGCUCAUGUUUCCGCAUUCUGUCAGGCUGUACUGGCCAAGAUCAUACCAGAUGAGAUGUGGGGCACUGGUGAAGGCGGAACUUACAACAAGAGUCAAAUACUGAGGAAAGUCGAUCACUUUGUCAAACUGCGGAGGUUCGAGGCCAUAUCCCUCUGUGAGCUCGCAGACGGGCUCAAGAUUACCAGUAUGGAGUGGCUGGCGCCUCCAGGUCUCAAAGGCCAGAAAACCAGCUUGACUGACAUGAAGAAACGGCAUGAGAUUAUGAACGAAUUUUUGUACUACAUUUUUGAUUCGCUGUUGAUACCCCUUUUGCGCAGCAACUUCUACAUCACAGAGUCGAGCUCUCACCGCUACCGUCUCUUUUUCUUCCGGCAUGACGUUUGGCGAUACGUCGUAGAACCAGCAAUGGGGAGUCUUCGAAAAAACAUGUUUGAGGAGAUCAAGCUUGACCAGGCUACCGCAAUACUCGACUCCAGGCGGCUGGGCUUCAGUCGUAUCAGGCUUCUGCCCAAAGGAAAGGGUAUGCGGCCGAUCACGAACCUGCGAAGGCGAACAGAGAUCAGGGGCAGGAGCUCUGUUCUCGGCCCAAGCAUAAACACUGUACUGGGCCCGGUACAUUCCAUGCUCAAGCUCGAAACGCAAAGCAAUCCCUCCAGGCUCGGAUCAUCCAUGUUUUCGGUGGGUGAUCUCUACCAUCGCCUAAAUGCCUUCAAUGCCAGAUUUGGCGACCAUCGGCCGGUAUUCUAUUUUGCCAAGGUAGAUGUGCAGUCUGCCUUCGACACCAUCCCUCAGGAGGCUGUGAUCAGGCUGAUGGACAGCAUUCCGAAUGAAGAACAAUACAUCAUCAAGAAGCACGUCGAAGUAAAAGCCGGAUUACUGGAUUCUCGGCAUCAGAAGAAUGCUGUAUCAACAGUCACGCGGCGGUGGCAUUCCAUCGCCGUCACCCGCAACGAUACCACUGACUUUUCGCAGCUGGUGGAGGGGCGUCUCGGCAUAAACCGCAAGAACACCGUAUUCGUGGGAAACACCAUGAGAAAGGAGCUAGAAACGGACGCGCUGAUGGCUCUGAUGGCAUCGCAUAUCAAGCAGAACCUCGUCAAGGUGGGCAAGAAGUUCUACAGGCAGAAGAAGGGUAUCCCCCAGGGCUCUGUAUUGUCUUCCGCUCUGUGCAACUAUUUCUACGCCGACCUCGAGGCGCAGCAUCUGUCGUUCCUGUCUGAAGGGGAGGAGCAGGGAGAGGAGGGUGGAGAAUGCCUGCUCUUGAGGCUGAUUGACGACUUUCUUCUCAUCACGACGGACCAGGCCAAGGCACGCAGGUUCGUCCGGGUCAUGCAUGGCGGACUACCCGAGUACGGCGUCGCUGUCAGCCCCAACAAGACCUUGGUCAACUUUGACAUGGACUUUGACGGUACGAAAGUAGCCAGGCUUCCGGAUGGGGCUCGAUUCCCUUAUUGUGGACUGGGUAUCGACUGUGAUACCCUUGACAUUGUCAAAGAUCGAGGUCAUAUCAAAGAUACAGUGGUUUCCAAUGCGUUGACAGUGGACUACGGGAACAAGCCCGGUCAGAAUUUCCAAAGAAGAGUCUUGAACGCCUUCAAAAUCCAGUCCCACCUUAUGUUCUACGACACCAAGCACAACACCCUCAAAACCGUCAUGUCCAACCUCCACAAGGCUUUUGCCGAGACGGCCGAGAAGAUGUGGGCGUACUGGCGCUGUCUGCCAACCAAUAAACGACCCGGUGACGGGCUCGUCGUGCAGACCUUGGCCAAAGUAAUCGACGUCGCUUACGGACUGCUCACGAGCAAGUCUCGGAGGGAAAAGUAUCCAGAGUAUGAUUGCGCCGUGGAGAAGACGCAGGUUGCGUGGCUCGCUCUCGAUGCAGUGAGGAUGAUUCUCGCAAAGAAACAGGCAAACUUUACGACGGUAUUGUCAUGGAUCGAUAAGGAGACAGGGCUUCUUGACGCCAAGAAGACGGCCCGGGCGAGGAAGGAGCGAUUCAAAACAGAGCUACGACAAAUGAUCCUCGGAGAGAUCAUGAACGACCAAGGAAGAUUCUUCCUGGAGAAACUCGCCGAAGCGUCCGAGUACCCAGAUUCCCUCCUCUACCAAGACGAACGACGGGCGACGCUAAAGGCACGCAUCGAGCAUUAUGCCGAGAGGAAACAUCAAGUAUUUGACGAGGCCCAAGAGAAACGGAAGGAUAAUCCGUUGAUAGUCGUCGACUUUGGCACGGGAAAGUCUCGAUCUCCGGCGGCGGGGGGCGAUUUCGAUGUCGACGAGGUUGCCAACGAUAAAAACAGUAGGGAGAAGGCCGACUUACACAUCAUACGCAACAUCGACGACUUACGAAACAAGCUGGCCUGGCCGGGCCCGAAGCAAGGCCCGUGGGAGUCUGAAUACCUUGAAAAAGACCCUCCGUUACGAGUGAUCCUGCUAGAGCGCAUGUGGCCUACCUCGCUGCUACUGAACCUCAGCGAAGACGUGCUGUUGGAGAUCCUGACCUACCACCAGAUCCCGGCUCACUUCCUGACCUUCGUUACCAGCGGCGGUGACUCCUGGAGCUUCGCCAGUAGCAUGAGCUUCGCGGGCUUCAGAGGCUGUACGAAGACGCUCUCGGGCCCUGGUCAAGAACAGCCCACCAGCUUGGCGGUGCUAGGUCGUAGCGGUAGGCACAUUCAGGUCUGCCUCACCUUGUUCAGCAUCCGCCAGUAUCCCUCACAUGCGCUGCCCCAGGACGCGGACCCCGCGAGAACACCGCGGUGGGAGACGCACUCCGCGGUCGUGUACGUCCAUUUUGACAUUAUCGAGGGCACGGCGGUGUGGUUGCUCGCAAGCCCCCGAUCGUAUCAUCCGGAAAGGGGUCACGGCACGCAGAACCUACUUUGGAACGCUUUGAAACACGACAUGGCGAGUGACGUGAAAGCGCUUCAGUCGCUUGACGUCCCCGAGCGAUUCCGUAUCAGUGUUGACAGUCUCCUUGCGGCCGCCGAGUGGUCUAUCGGGAUGUUUUCGCAUCACGUCCAGGACACAGAGAAGAGGCUCCAUGAGUUGACCAAGCCUUACGUCUAUCCGUAUGACGAUGACGAGACGGUAGAUGACAAGGCAAGCGCAUCAAUCCACGCCCAGGACCUUCGUAGAAUGGCGUUCUUGAUGGAAACUCGGCAUGGCAGUGUCAUCAAAGUUGAGAAUAACCUUCGGGUUCUCCGCCGUCUCCGAGAGUUUUUCGUGGAAAAUGUGGCCGGGCAUCUCGGCCCUCUCAGAGAUUCCCACGCCAAUGAGAUCCGGACGCACAUCAAAGGCUUUGCGGAGAAGUUGACACUGGUAAUGGCAGAGAUCGAGGACUUGUUGGACAGGGCAUCAGCACUGGAUAAACUUGCGAGGAACAGAGAAGAAUACAUUCAACGGUUGCAAGCGCAUCACUCGACUCAGCAAAUGAAUACAAUCGCGGUGCUGACGGCGGAUGACUCGUCCGCGAUGAAGCAAUUGUCUUUCAUCGCCCUGAUAUUGUUACCAGUCACGGUCGUAUCGACGGUUCUCAGUACGGACAUUGUCAAGUUUCAGGACCUUUCGAACGAAAACGAGAAUGCCACCCGAGGCACGUCCGAAGGCCCCAUUCCGAUAUACAGUUUUUCGGUGGCGGCCUUUGGCACAUGGGCGGUCGCCAGCGUACUCAUGACUAUCGCGACUUUGGUCAUUGUCAAGCCGGCAGGGAACCGUAGGAGGCAAGGCAACGGCAGUAUAGACUGUGGGACGCACGAACCUCCCAUGGAGAAAACAAGGAGAUCUCGACUGAUAACGCGAUUGUCUCAUGCGUGGAACAUUCGAGACAGGUUCGACUCAGCCGUAGACUCUUCGUCCCGCAAUGCCAGGCCCAGGCCACCGAGCCCGGCGACUUCGGCACUCGCGACUUCGAUACACACGGCCCCGACGGUUGUCAAGAUGGCAUCAAAGUCGCGAGGAACUCCGGUGGUGGAUAUGGACGCUCCCGUGUGUGCCGAGUCCUCUCAAACUUGGCCAUCGAUGGGGUACUGGCUGGGGGAUGCUUGGAACACAUUGUGGCGGUCUGCAAAGGAUAAGGUGAACAUGACGGAGAUGGCGACGACACCUCUACCACGAUGGGAUAGUCGAAGAGACGAGGGACGAGAAGAUGGGCAGAAAUCGCGGGGAGAGGGUUCAUGA